CCCGCCGGUUUCCUCCGGGGUCAGCCCGGCUCCUUAUCAGGCGCGGCCAGGCGGCCUGGCCCUUAUCUGAGCUGGCCCAGCAUCCUCUGGCCGCUGCGCCGGGGGUGAGAGGGAGGAAACCCGGCCGCCGGGGGCGGGGAGAGGGCGGGCCGGGCCGGGAGCCGUUCACUUUCCCUCGGGGAACCCACGCCGCCACCGGCCGCCGCGGCCUUCGGGAGCCCGAUAGGAGGCGCGGCCCAACUCCUGGGCCGACGGGGCGCCCUGGAGGGCAUUGGCUGAACCCCGACAGCGGAAACCGCAUCCUGGCCUGGACUGCCAGUCCUGCGGAGACAGAGCCCAGGCACUCACCAGGCUGCUGGAACAGCGCCGGGGUGAGCACCCCUCCUCGGGGUCCAUGUGCCCACCCCAGGCCCUGGCAGAGGUGGGCCCCACCAUGACUGAGAAGGCUGAGAUGGUCUGUGCUUCCAGCCCAGCCCCUGUCCCACCCACUAAGCCUGCCUCACCUGGGCCUCUACCCUCAGAUGAGGUGGGCCACAGAGGUGGCUCCCCAUCCAGGUUGCCCCCUGGUGUACCAGUGAUCAGCUUGGGUCAUACCAGGCCCCCAGGGGCAGCCAUGCCCACCACAGAGCUGAGUGCCCUCCGGCCCCCCUUGCUGCACCUCUCCACUCUGGGAACUACCCCGCCCACCCUGGCUCUGCAUUACCACCCUCACCCCUUCCUCAACAGCGUCUACAUUGGGCCAGCAGGACCUUUUAGCAUCUUCCCUAGCAGCCGGCUGAAGCGGAGACCAAGCCACUGUGAGCUGGACCUGGCUGAGGGGGGUGCCCUCUGGGCCUGGAGGGUAGCCCCGCCCGUCCUAUCUGCAGGGCACCAGCCCCAGAAGGUAGCACGGCGCGUGUUCACCAACAGCCGCGAGCGCUGGCGGCAGCAGAACGUUAACGGCGCCUUCGCAGAGCUCAGGAAACUGCUGCCGACUCACCCGCCCGACCGGAAGCUGAGCAAGAACGAGGUGCUCCGCCUGGCCAUGAAGUACAUCGGCUUCCUGGUGCGGCUGCUGCGCGACCAGGCAGCCGCGCUGGCUGCAGGCCCCGCCCAACCCGGGCCCCGUAAACGGCCUGCUCACCGAAGCCCAGACGAUGGCGCCCUCCGGGGGUCCGGGCGCAAGGCCGAGGUGGCGGCGCGCUCGCAGCCCGCGCCCGUGGCAGACUCCGACAUCAACCCCAAUGGGGCAGUACGGCCCAUCAAAAUGGAGCAAGCGGCUGUGAGUCCCGAGGUGCGGUGACCCCCAUACAGCGGCGCCUCUGAGCCGUGGGUGCCACCGAAGACUCAGACAGGGACAGUGGAGGAAAGGUCUCGCUUCGCCGGCUCCCGAGAGAACUGUCAAAGAGGGACUUAGACACAACGUCCCCGAUAGGGGAGAGAUCCUGGGGGUCUGGAAGGGUGACCAUCAUCCCAAGGGGCCCCGCAGACUUUUUUCAGCCCUGUAAAUUACCCAGGAAGCGCGGUCGUCGGACCCAAGUGGUGCCCCACCUCUGCACUUGUGGGGGUACUGGGGUCGCUGUGGGGGAGGGAGGAGUCUUCCCCUUCUCACGGCGCCCCCUCCUGGAGACUCAAAAACUGACUCGGAUGGCGUGAGCGGCGCACCUGGCGCCCGAAGAGCCAGGCAGCAUAGACACCCGGCACCUAAGCCCACAGACUCGACCCGGUCCCGCACGAUCGCGUUAGCGAAGGCUCUGGAGCUCUUGCUUUUGUUUUUCUUUAUUUCUUUAUUUCACAUACACAUUAGCCAUUCAAUGGAGAAGCCGGAGAGAGUCAGGCAAAGAUGGUAUAACAGAAGCGCAGUGACGGGGGCGGGGCGGGGCGGGGCGGAGAGGGAACAGACGGGCUGGCUGCCUACUUGCAUUCCGCUAGGACACUGAAAACCCAGAAAACAAAACAGACAGUAAACUACCCUUGUUUCUUAUG